AUGCGUGAGGUCAUUAGCAUCAACGUUGGUCAGGCCGGUUGCCAAAUCGCCAACUCCUGCUGGGAGCUUUACUGCCUCGAGCACGGUAUCCAGCCUGAUGGUUACCUCACAGAGGAGCGAAAGUCCCAAGACCCCGAUCAGGGUUUCAGCACUUUCUUCUCCGAGACUGGUCAGGGCAAGUAUGUCCCCCGCGCCAUCUACUGUGAUUUGGAGCCCAAUGUCGUCGACGAGGUCCGCACCGGUGCCUACCGCAACCUUUUCCACCCUGAGAUGAUGAUCACUGGCAAGGAGGAUGCCUCAAACAACUACGCCCGUGGUCACUACACCGUCGGAAAGGAGCUCAUCGAUGGCGUCCUCGACAAGAUUCGCCGUGUUGCCGACAACUGUGUUGGCCUCCAGGGCUUCCUCGUGUUCCACUCUUUCGGUGGUGGUACUGGUUCUGGUUUUGGCGCUCUCCUGAUGGAGCGUCUGUCGGUCGACUACGGCAAGAAGAGCAAGCUGGAGUUCUGUGUUUAUCCCGCGCCCCAGACUGCCACAUCCGUUGUCGAGCCAUACAACUCUAUCCUUACCACACACACCACCCUUGAGCACUCUGAUUGCUCUUUCAUGGUUGACAAUGAGGCUAUUUACGACAUCUGCCGCCGAAACCUCGGCCUCGAGCGCCCUAACUACGAGAACCUAAACCGUCUCAUUGCUCAGGUCGUCUCUUCUAUUACUGCCUCUUUGCGAUUCGAUGGAUCCCUGAACGUCGACUUGAACGAAUUCCAGACCAACUUGGUUCCUUACCCCAGAAUUCACUUCCCUCUGGUCGCCUACGCCCCGGUCAUCUCCGCUGCUAAGGCUGCCCACGAAGCCAACUCCGUCCAAGAGAUGACAAUGUCUUGCUUCGAGCCUAACAACCAGAUGGUCAAGUGUGACCCCCGUCACGGCAAGUACAUGGCUACCUGUUUGCUGUACCGUGGUGACGUCGUUCCCAACGACGCCCAUGCUGCUGUUGCCACACUGAAGACCAAGCGAACUAUCCAGUUCGUCGAUUGGUGCCCCACUGGUUUCAAGCUUGGUAUCUGCUACCAGGCCCCCGAGAAUGUGCCUAACGGUGACCUCGCCAAGGUCAGCCGCGCUGUCUGCAUGCUCUCUAAUACUACCGCCAUCGCUGAGGCAUGGUCUUCACUUUCUCUCAAGUUCGAUCUCAUGCACUCCAAGCGUGCCUUCGUCCACUGGUACGUCGGUGAAGGUAUGGAGGAAGGCGAGUUCUCUGAGGCUCGUGAGGAUCUUGCUGCCCUGGAGCGCGAUUACGAGGAGGUCGCCACCGACUCCAUGGGUGAAGAGGAGCUCGAGGCUGAGUACUAA